AGGUCAAACAACGUAUGCAGUCCAGCUAGUCUUUCAGGUAGUGAAGACUUUAUUGCUUUGUUGGCAAAAUAUAGACAACAUUCUAAAGGGAUUCGCCUGUCAGCACAAAAAAACAAAAUGCAAAGGCAAAAGCCAUCAACACAGCAGGUUUGCAAUUGCCAUUGCCUAGGGCUUUCAUCAUUUUUUUGCAUGGUGGAUUAGAGCUGAGCUGGGAAAUUAUUGAAAUUUACAUUGCUGCUGAUUGUUUAAACUUUUUGACAGGGAAGACAGGGAAAUCAAAAAUCAGUGUGAUAUGUAUGAGGCCAGCCAUCUCUUAUUAGCAUUAACAACCAGGCAAGGGAGAAUUCAUAUAAACAAAAGAGACUCUACAUCUACCUUUGACAAUUGUGGAAAAACCGAAAGAAAAGCAGCAAGAUCAGACUUCAACAAAUAUCUUGUAAAACAGCCAAUCAAAACCACUGUCGACUAGCAGAGAAGCUGAAACGAGUUAAGUCAGAAAAGCCCUACUGUCACAGUGAGCUUCGAGCACUGGCAAUUUCUUGUCUCAGAGAUCACCAGUUUGUUGAUAUCAAUGGCAAGAAACUAAACCUUUCACAAUAUGUCAGUAAGGAUUGGGAUCAGUAUUUAUCUGACAUGGAGAAGGAUGGCGAGUGGGGAGACCACCUUGUUGUGAUGGCAUUAACAACAGUGCUGUCUCAUAAUAUUCUAAUAGUCAGCAGUGUAGAUGGUGCAAGCAACCAUUUUACUGUUACAGUAGAACCCAUUGGCCAUGUUGCUUCUAAUGAUGUUCCACUGCUUCUUGGCCACUAUGCCGAAAAUCAUUUAGUGAGUCUAGAUAUAGCAAACAAUGAUGAUUCUGCUGUGCAAGGCCUUCCUUACGGGGACCAUAAUUAUGCAAGAACAGAUACUGUCCCACCAGGUACUAGCAGGUACGGUGACCAUGAUUAUGUAAGAACAGAUACUGUCCCCCCACCAGGGUUAUAAAUGAAUGUCACUAAAAUCAUAGCAACAACCUUCAGGGAAGACCCAAGAAAUAUACACUCUGGUAUUCCAGGUAAGAGCAGGAAGUGUGACAAAGAUGUUGUUGAACUACACUGUGCUACUGACAUUCCACCAAAAAUGAGAAGACUGCAGCCAUUUUACAUUUUAUCAAGUCAUGAGCAGAAAGAAGUAGAUCAAAUGGUGGCUACUGCACUAGACAAAAUAGCCGGUGACAGACAACUGUCUGAUUCAAACUUUCCAGGUGUGAUUACAGUACGUGACUUAGCAAAGCUUCAGCCAAACAAAUGGCUCAAUGACAAUGUCAGUUGUUGUAAACGAGCUAGUGAAAUGAUACAUAUUGGUAAUGUAUUAGUAUUGACAGCUCAUCAAUGCAGUAUCAUGUUUAUGGGAGACGGAUGCUUGCCGCAAGGGAAGAAAAGUCAAGAGCUUCAAUACCUACUUCUAUGUGAAGCUCGACAAUCAAGGUCCUGUUGCUGUAAGACAAUGGACAAUGAAACAGCUGAUAAAUAUUUCCAUUAUGAUGUUCGGUUAAUUCCCAUGCACAUGCCUGUGAAGCAGCAUUGGUGUUGUAUAGUUAUCGACAUAACACACAGGACAAUUAAAUACUAUGACCCGCUAAUGGAAGUGUGUUCAGAAGUCUUUCUAAAGAUUAGAGAUUGGUUAUCAGAUACAGUAACAUUGACGAAAGAGAACUAUGUUGCUACAGAGUGGGCUAACGAAGUUGUGAAAAAUGCUCCAUGGCAACAAGACGGUUCAAGCUGUGGUGUCUACUGUCUGAUGUACAUGAGGAAUGAAGCACUUGGCAUUCACUCUAACAACUUUUGUGAGAGUGAAAUUAAUGACAUCAGGUAUUGGCUGGCACAUAGGCUAAUUACACAGUUUGCUGCAAAUACAACAGGAAAUAAAAGCCUCAACUUGAAGAUAACACCUACUAACAUUCAGCCAAGUGCAAAAUACUAUAUUAGUUGGGAAACAACAGAAAUUGUAACAGAGACUUUGGAAUCAGAGCUCUACGACUAUUCCCUGUUGCGACUGUUGCAAACAAGGGCAUCACUUCAAGCUUGGAGAGCAGAACACGAUGAUGAUACAUCAGAAAGUCACAAAAAUUCUGUAAACAUUAUGUUGGCCAGAUAGGAAUUUGUGAAUACUGUAAUCAAAAUGCCAUUUCAUCGAUUUUUGUUGACAAAGUUUUUGAAUUUAGUCUUUGCAUAAGCAAAAUUACAAUUGCAGUGGUAGAUGUAGGGGACCAGUAGGCAGUUUGCUCAUAGAGCGAGUAAUUGAUAACAUAUUUGCUGUUAUCUGAUUGCAGCUCCAAGAACAAACAGUAUCAGUGGGAGCAUGCUGGCUCAGCAUCGAUUUACAUGUAGCUUUAUGGCUGGAUGACAAAUGCUUCAACAACAAACCUGCUGUACAAGUAGUUGGUGAUUUUGUCCUUGCCACACAUGAACUUCACGUGAAGUUUAUCAACUUCGUCUCCGACAACACGAUGCCCGAUAUAUAUCUUGUACUGGCAGUAGGUUUGGUCAGGUUUUGGAUGAGACAGAAACAACACAGGAUGACAACAAUACACAAGUAUGGCAGAUACUACAUACCCCUCACCUCAUCUGAACUUGACGAUCUGUGCACUGGCAUAAAAGAAAUGAGGGAGCAGUUGGAACAUGGCAAACACAUCUUCUACAGUAUUGACCCUAUCUAUACUAUAACAAAAAUCAGUACAAUAAUCUGUCACAUGUGUUUUGAAAACCUAGAAAUAAUUGGAAUCAGGAUCUACUUAAUUCCUUAGAAUGAUAGGAAUCCAAUGUGCUAGUUACCUUGAUGCUGUAAGCAUUAUUAAUUAAACACCCUGAAAACGAGCUACAUUUAGUGUAUAUCUCUUGAAAAUACACGUACUUGUAAAG